CUUGUUUCCGCCCGGGUUUAUUAUGUCAGCGGGCGCUGGUGCGUUUUCAAAACCGAUAAUAAACAAAUCGCAGUAUAGUAGAGCUAUUUAAUUUUUUUUUUACUUAUUUUGAAGGUUAAGUAUUUUAAAUUGCUUGGAGGAAUGGAGGAGAAACCUUUAAGAGUCCUUGCUUGUGGAGAUGUCGAAGGCAAAAUCAGCGCUUUGUUCAACCGGGUGAACACAAUCCAAAAAAAGAGCGGACAGUUCGAUCUACUGUUAUGCGUUGGCGAUUUCUUUGGCAAGUCUCCUGAGGCGGAAGCUGAAUGGGAGUCAUACAAGUCUGGAGCUAAGAAAGCUCCCAUUCACACGUACAUUCUGGGAGCCGCGAGCCAGGAGACGGUGAAAUAUUUCCCUAGCUCUGAUGGAUGUGAACUGGCUGAAAAUAUCAUCUAUUUAGGGAGAAGAGGUGUUUUCACAGGAGCCUCAGGCCUGCAGGUGGUGUACGUCAGUGGUAGAGAGGCUCAGCAGGAGCCGGCACCUGCUCACUGUUUCACCCCGAAAGAUCUCGCAACCCUUGUCACUCCCCUGGUGUCUAACUCAAAAUUUAAAGGGGUUGACAUCCUUCUGACCUCGCAGUGGCCUCGAGGAGUGUGGCAGUAUGGGAACAGUCCGGACAUUGACACCAAGUUUUGUGGUGUUUCCUCCAUCGGAAAUCUAGCUGAAAAGCUGAAGCCUCGCUACCACUUUGCUGGAAUGGAAGGAGUUUAUUACGAGCGACUCCCAUACAGGAACCAUAUGGUCCUCCAGGAGAACGCACAGCAUGUCAGUAGAUUCAUUGCACUCGCAACCGUUAACAACCCUGCCAAGAAAAAGUACUUGUAUGCGUUCAAUAUUGUCCCAAUGAAAAGCACGGACCCAGCCGUGUUGGUCAAACAGCCUGAGGACGUCACUGAGAAUCCAUACAGGAAACCAAUGAAAGAAGGCAGAAAGGAGAAGUCACUUCCAUCUGCAGCUGCUGAAGAGGAUGAACCAGCGUCUCAGUUCUUCUUCGAUCUGGGUCAGAAGAAGCCGCAGCAUCAGGGCUCAGGGAGGAAGAGGCCACCUGAGUGGGACGGAUCCUUUCAAACCAAACAGCCUCGCAAACACCCUCAGCCGACUGGACCGUGCUGGUUCUGUUUAGCCAGUCCCGAGGUGGAGAAGCACCUGGUCAUUAGCAUUGGGGUGCACUGUUACAUGGCGCUGGCUAAAGGAGGCCUGACCCCGGACCAUGUGCUGCUCCUGCCCAUCGGACAUUACCAGUCAGUGGUGGAGCUGCCAUCUGAGGCGGUGGACGAGCUACAGAAAUACAAAAGUGCCGUCAGGAAGCUGUACAAGAGCCGUGGCCGACGCUGCGUCUUGUUCGAGAGGAAUUACCGCAGCCAGCAUCUUCAGCUCCAGGUGGUACCUGUUCCCAUGGAGACGUGCAGUACAGAAGACAUUAAAGAGGCGUUUACGGUGCAGGCUCAGGAGCAGCAAAUGGAGUUGAUGGAGAUCCCGGAACACACCGACCUCAAACAGAUUGCUCCACCGGGAACGCCAUAUUUCUAUGUGGAGCUGGAUACGGGGGAGAAGCUGUUCUACCGCAUUAGGAAGAACUUCCCUUUACAGUUUGGAAGGGAGGUCCUAGCGAGCGAAGCCGUUCUAAACAUGCCAACCCGCUCAGAUUGGAAAGAGUGUAAAAGCAGCAGGGAUGAAGAGGAAGCUCUGACCAAACAGUUUCGCACUGAAUUCCAGCCCUAUGAUUUCACCAUGGAUGACUGAGGAACACAAGCUGUUUUUAUUUCCCCUCACACACAGGAGAUCUAUCAGCAUCUCCUGUCUCCUUUACUGUACAGACUUUCUGUAUUGUUUUUAAACAGAUAUUAUCAGAGCUCUUUGUUCUUACUUCUUUGUCUCAGAGACUAAAGCUUUCCAAGGACAUGUCUUUACCUGUCUGUUAAUAACUGUUGUACAGUCAACAAUCUGUUUUUACC